GAGGGUUACUGAAGCCGCACGUGCUCAUCGUCUUUUUGGGGGACAAGAGAGACAUCGGGCGGCGGAGGACUGUCGAUGCCGCAGCAACUUCACGUUCGACCCUCGCCGAUCGGCGAUCGGCAACUCUGUUUCCGAAGCACAUUUCUGAAGAAUUCGCUAUGGGGAAUGAAAUCUCCGGAAUUGAAGAUUGAGAGGAGCUUGAACAAAUUGAAGGUGAAAUCAGCAAGAAUGGAACUCACAAUCACUCAACCUGAUGAUUGGCAUCUUCAUCUCCGUGACGGUGAUCUCCUUAAAGCUGUUGUCCCUCACAGUGCGAGUACUUUCGGUAGAGCGAUAGUGAUGCCGAAUCUGAAGCCUCCCGUGACCAGAACCGCAGCUGCCAUAGCUUACCGAGAGUCCAUCUUGAAAGCCCUUCCUAGUGGGAGCAGCUUUGAUCCGCUUAUGACGCUGUACCUAACAGACACAACUAGUCCCAGCGAGAUCAAGCUUGCCCGGAAAAGUGGCGUAGUUUACGCUGUGAAGCUUUAUCCUGCUGGAGCCACCACCAACUCUCAAGACGGAGUCACCGACCUCUUUGGCAAAUGCUUGCCCGUUCUCGAGGAGAUGGUCAAACAAAACAUGCCAUUGCUGGUCCAUGGAGAGGUCACGGAUCCAGACGUUGAUGUCUUUGACCGUGAGAAAAUCUUCAUUGAGAUGAUUUUACAGCCUCUGAUCCAUCGGCUUCCGGCGUUGAAGGUAGUGAUGGAACACAUCACUACCAUGGAUGCUGUAAAGUUCGUCGAAUCUUCCAAAGAAGGUUUCGUGGCUGCAACUGUCACACCACAGCAUCUCCUUCUCAACAGAAAUGCCCUUUUCCGUGGCGGAUUACAGCCUCACAGCUACUGCCUUCCGGUUCUCAAACGAGAAAUCCAUAGAGAGGCAAUUGUUAAAGCUGUAACCAGCGGAAGCAACAAGUUCUUCCUCGGGACAGAUAGCGCUCCACACGAGAGGAAAAGGAAAGAGUCGUCUUGCGGGUGUGCUGGAAUAUACAGCGCUCCCGUCUCCUUGCCCUUAUACGCCAAGGUCUUUGAAGAGGCGGGUGCCCUUGAGAAGCUUGAGGCUUUCACGAGUUUUAACGGGCCUGAUUUCUACGGCCUCCCAAGGAACUCGUCCAAGAUCAGGCUGCGGAAAUCGCCAUGGAAGGUUCCAGAAGCUUUCUCCUUCUCUUUCGGAGAGAUCAUCCCCAUGUUCGCCGGAGAAACGCUUCAAUGGCAAACGCUCUCCGGCUGAAAAUGGUGGUUCGGAGUUUACAUGAUUGGUUUUUAGUUAUUUCGAUCGAUCGGAUCCUCAAUCCAUGUAUGAACCAAUGCACAAAACUCAUGAAUUAUUUAAAGCAGAGA